AUGAACGAGGGUGAUGGAGUAUUACCUACUUCUUUGUUAAAUUCAGUUACAGAGAUUAAUCAUUCAACUAGUAAUGAUGAUACUUCAAGCUUCAUCAACUCACCUAGGGUGUGUUACUCCCCUAAAGGAUCCAAGGAGUACAUUGCAGGUUGUUUGCAUCAUCUUAAACAUAGUGUGGAUAUGAUUUUUGAUUCUUUAAAAGAGGCUGAACUUUUUUAUAAAGUUUAUGCUGCUCACUGUGGUUUUCAAGUGCGCAAUGGGACUGACAAAAAGGAAAAACAAACUGUUGGAAAAGAAAUUGUUGAAGUGAUACUUCUCAAAUAUUUGCUUUGUACUAAGCAAGGUUAUUUUCAACCCAAGCCCAGAAAUCAGGAUGCUGAGAGUAGUCAAACGCGGAAAAGAAGUGUGACCCGUUCUGGUUGCUCUGCUUGUAUUCGGUUACGGUAUAGUUCUGGUGGUAAAUAUGUGAUUUAUUAUUUUCAUGAGGGCCAUUCUCAUCCUUUUUUAACCCCGAGCUCUAUACCCUUUACUAAAGAGUCCAGGCAAUUGACUCAGGUGCAAAAGCAAUAUAUUUUUAAUAAUGCCAAAGUGAAUAUAGGGCAUGUUAAGUCCUAUAGGAUGAGUAAAGAACAUUGUGGAAGUUAUAACAAUGUUCGUACUGAUUUUAAAAACAUUUAUCGUGAUUUGAAAGUUUAUAUAGGCGAUAAAGAUGCGUUUAUGUUCAAGGAAAAUUUUGAGAGGAAAAUACAGGCUUCUAAUGGGGGUUUUUACUUUGAUUAUUGUGUUGACAACCAUAAACAUCUUACUCGUGCUUUUUGGGCUGAUUCAAUCUGUAGGAAAAAUUAUGCAUUAUUUGGGAAUGUUGUUACUUUUGAUAGUACAUAUGAUACAAACAAAUAUUGUUUAUUUUUUCCCCUUUCACUGGGGUUGAUCACCACAAAAAGUGUCACUUUUGGUUCAGCUUUGUUGUCCAAAGAAGAUACUGACUCUUUUGUUUGGUUGUUUGAGACAUUUUUGAAGUGCAUGGGUAAUUGUGAACCUUAUUGUUUGCUCACGGAUCAAGAUCCUGCUAUGUCAAUUGCUAUAGAGAAAGUGUUUAAAACGACUAAACUGCGUUUAUGUAUGUGGCAUAUAAUGCGUAAGGUGCCUGAUAAAGUUGGCCCUGUUCUUUGCAGAGAAACUAAUUUUUUGAAGAAGUUAAAUGCAGUGGUAUGGGAUUCUGAUUUGGAUCCAACUGAGUUUGUAUCCGGCUGGGAAGCUGUGAUGAAAGAAUUUAGUUUAGAAAAUCAUGAUUGGCUUAGUUAUAUGUGUAAGAUCAAACAUAAAUGGAUCCCAGCUUACUUUAGAGAUCUUUUUAUGGGUGGCUUGUUGCGAGUUACUUCUCGUUCUGAAGGGGAAAACAAUUUCUUUUGUCAUUUUACAAAUCCACAUGUCACUUUAGUUGAGUUUGCUCUACGUUAUGAUAGCGCGCUUGAUGCCCAAAGACAUGAACAAGAUGAGUUGGUUAAGAAAUCCAAAAAUCUUCCUUCACUUGUUACUCCUUUACAAUUAGAAAAGCAUGCAUCCUUGUUUUAUACACACGCACUUUUUUAUGAAUUUCAAAAAGAAUGUGAGGCAGCAUGUUUUGCAUGUGGUAUAGAGAGUUGCAAUUCAUGUUAUGGUGAUGGUGAAGAGUUUUCUGUUGUUUAUGAUAAUGAGAGACGCAAGAAUUAUGAUGUUAUUUUUGACACGAGUUCUAAUGAUAGUACAUGCAGUUGUAGAAAGUUUGAGAGUGAAGGGAUAUUGUGUAGACAUAUCUUAUUUAUAAUGAAGGGAAAGUUCUUAUGUGAAAUUCCAUCUAAAUAUUUGUUGCGUCGUUGGUCAAAAGAUGCCCUUAAGCAACCAAUGUCUAAUUUCGAAGGUUGGUCAUUUGUGGAAGAUUCUUCAAGGAGUGAUAGAAAAAAACAACUUCUCUCUGAUUGUUGGUCUAAAAUGUUUUCUUGUGUGAGUUUGGCUGAGGACACAGAAGAUAAUUUGUUUGAAUUAGUUGAGAAAUUAAGUGUGUUUGAGGAGGAAUUGAAGAAAAAGCAGUGUGGUGAAGGCGAGGCAACUAGGAAAGACCAAACUGCUUCUGAUGCUGAUAUACUUGAGCUACUUGUUGGCUCAAAGUCUGGGGAGGUUGAUGUUCUCCCUCCUAAUUUUUGUCUUACCAAGGGAUCUGGAAGAAGUUCCAAGAGGCUAAAGAGUGCGAAAGAGAAAGCAGUUGAAGUGAAUACCACUGCAAAGAAGGGACGUACAUGCAAAGCUUGUGGCCAGUCAGGGGUAAACCACGACAGCCGUAACUGUCCAAACAAAUGA